AUGCAGAUAAGGUGCGUGGGCAAGGCUCAUCCGGCGUGCUCCGGCGUCCCCGAGACGGUGAUCAUCACGGACAUGAACUACUAUCCGGUCGCCCGCUACCACUUCGACCUCAGCGGCACCGCCUUCGGCGCCAUGGCCAUGGACGGCCGCAACGACGACCUCCGCCAAGCCGGCAUCAUCGACAUGCAGUUCAAGAGGGUGCCGUGCGAGUACCCGGGGCUGUCCGUGACAUUCCAUGUGGAGAAGGGUUCGAACCCGAACUACCUGGCGAUCCUGGUGGAGUACGGGAAUGGUGACGGCGACGUGGCACAGGUGGACCUCAUGGACGACGGCGAGCCGACGGGGCUCUGGGUUCCGAUGAAGCAUUCGUGGGGCUCCAUCUGGCGCCUGGACACGCGCCGCUCGCUGCACGGGCCCUUCUCGCUGCGUGUCACCAACGGGUCCGGCAGGUCGCUCGUCGCCGACCAGGUCAUCCCCGUCAACUGGAAGCCAGACACCGUGUACAGCUCCACCGUCCAGUUCGAUGAUUGA